AUGAUAAUUAUGACUCUCAAAGUUCGCGUUCGAAAAUGUCCAACAGAUGAGUUAGCACUGACUAAUUGUGCUGUAAUAAAUACUAAGAUGUUAAAUAUGACAACUGUAAGGCACUUGUUGGUAAAGACUGGUCCAGCUCACCAUUUUGUAUUUUCUGUUCGAAAUUAUCCAUCUUUAAAAGCUGAUGAAGUAGCUUUUGCAAUGCCUCAACGUAAAUGGGCAAAGUUGUCCUUAGAUCAAGAGGUUGAAGUACAACCUUUCAGUUUUGAUAACAAUCAAUUUAUUGGUUCAAUUACUGUUGCUACUGAUUUCCAAUCAAAAAAGGGUCAAACAUCUGAUCCAUUGAAUACAGAUCACAUGGCUCGUGAAUUUUCUAUUCAGUUUGCUGGUCACGCAUUUACCCGGGGUGAACUGUUGGUGUUUAAGUUUGAUGAUGACAAAGGAAAGUCAUACACUUUGUCUUUAACGGUGACAUCAAUAUUGGGUACGAAUUUGAAGUACCAUUUUUCUUAUCUAGUACCGAAGCUGAUUCAGUUAUUAUUGUAUAUUGAUGCAGGACAGCUUAUGCCAAAUUCCAUCAUUGUUUUCGAUAAAGCAGAAGGAUCAUUUCUAAAUCUCGUAGGAAAAAGUAAAGGGAAAUCAGCAUAUCGUUCUAUUAUCAAUCCAGACUGGGAUUUUCAAAAAAUGGGUAUUGGUGGUUUGGAUAAAGAAUUUUCUGGCAUUUUUCGACGAGCUUUUGCUUCACGGGUUUUUCCACCCGAAUUUAUUGAGCAGUUAGGUAUGAAACAUGUUAGGGGUAUUCUGCUCUACGGACCACCGGGAACGGGUAAAACUUUAAUGGCCCGUCAAAUAGGCAAAAUGUUGAAUGCACGUGAACCCAAAAUCAUCAAUGGACCCCAAAUAUUAGACAAGUACGUCGGGGAGUCAGAAUCAAAUAUCCGGAAAUUAUUCGCUGAUGCCGAAGAAGAGUGGAAAAGGUGUGGCGCUAAUUCAGGAUUGCAUAUCAUAAUAUUUGAUGAGAUUGAUGCUAUUUGCAAACAGCGUGGCUCAGUGGCUGGAUCUACGGCUGUGCAUGAUACAGUGGUAAACCAACUCUUAGCUAAGAUGGAUGGUGUUGAACAGCUGAAUAACAUUCUUGUUAUUGGAAUGACUAAUAGAAAGGAUAUGAUUGAUGAGGCGUUGUUACGACCAGGUCGUAUGGAAGUGCAGAUGGAAAUUUCACUACCAGAUGAAAGCGGUCGUUUGCAGAUUUUAAAGAUUCACACUUCUAGAAUGCGAGAAUAUGAUAAAUUGGAUUCCAAUGUUGAUCUGAUUGAUCUUGCUAAAAGAACCAAAAAUUUUUCUGGUGCUGAACUGGAGGGGUUAGUACGAGCUGCGCAGUCAAGCGCAAUGAAUAGACUAGUUAAGGCAGGUGGCAAGGUUCAGUUAGAUGCCGAUGCCGUAGAAAAAUUGAUGAUCAAUGUUGAUGAUUUCAAUUAUGCUCUUGAAAAUGAUGUCAAACCGGCUUUUGGUCAUUCUGAUGAAGAAUUAGAAAAAUACUUGAUUGGUGGAUUCAUUUCAUGGAGUGUACAAAUCACGCAAAUACUCGAACAAGGUGCUUUGCUCGUAAAACAAGUACGAAGUCCUGAUACUAGAGGAUUUGCUUCUGUUCUACUGGCAGGUUCACCGAACUGUGGUAAAACAUGUUUAGCGGCAACAAUUGCGAAAGCUUCUGAUUAUCCAUUUAUAAAAGUGAUUAGUGCUGAAGAUAUGGUUGGUUAUACAGAAACAGCAAAGUGUGCUUCUUUACGAAAAGUUUUCGAUGAUGCAUAUCGCUCUCCUUUAAGUUGUGUUAUUGUUGAUGGUGUAGAACGGUUAUUAGAUUUUUCACCAAUUGGUCCACGAUAUUCAAAUCUAGUGUUACAAGCAUUGUUUCUUUUAGUUAAGAAACUGCCGCCUCAGAAUAGGCGUUUACUUGUUAUCGCUACAUCAAGUAAUCGUUCAUUUUUACGUGAACUUGGCUUGUUAUCGGCAUUUAGCACGGUAAUAGAUGUACCUGUAUUAACUACUGUUAAGCAUAUUAUGGCCGUUAUUGAGGAUACAAAUGCUCUUUCUCGUCAAGAGUGUGAGGACAUUCAAGCUGAACUUUCUCGAUCUGCCAAAGAUUACUUCAUUGGAAUCAAGAAAUUACUGAAUGUUAUUGAUAUGGCUCGGGAAUGUGAACCAGCGGAUAGAAUUUCUGUGGUUGUGCAAAGUUUGAUGUCAGAAACAUUCGAUAAUUUAUGA